UUUAACUGUCCCAAUCCCAUUUUCCCACCCCAGAUCCGCUACAAGGAGGAGUUUGAGAAGAACAAGGGCAAAGGUUUCAGCGUGGUGGCCGACACCCCCGAGCUGCAGAGGAUCAGGAAGACUCAGGAUCAGAUCAGCAACAUCAAGUACCACGAGGAGUUUGAGAGGAGCAGGAUGGGCCCCGUGCCCAGCGAGGGGUCGGAGCCCGAGCGCAGGAACUCCCCCGAGAGCGGCGGCUACCGGCCCCCCCCCCCCCCCCCCCCCCCCCCCCCCCCCCCCAGCAGCUGGGCCAGCCUGGGGGCACAGGUGAGCACCCCACAUCCCAGCUGGGGGUCGUCCAGAUCCCCACGGGUGCCUGGAUCCACCCAAACCCCAGUUGGGGAUCGCUCGAAUCCCAGUUCGGCCCAGAAGCGUUUCCGUGCCGUCUAUGACUACACGGCGGCCGAUGAGGACGAGGUGUCGUUCCAGGACGGGGACACGAUCAUCAACGUGCAGCAGAUCGAUGACGGCUGGAUGUACGGCACGGUGGAGCGCACGGGGGACACGGGCAUGCUGCCCGCCAACUACGUGGAGGCCAUCUGAGCCCGGGGCCACCUCGGCCCCGCCCUGUCCCCUCCCCUGUCCCCUCCCCUGUCCCCGUGGCUCCGCGCCGUGUCCGGUUUCUCUCGCCGAUUCU